UCAGGGGGGCACGUGCACACACACAAUGGACCCCAUCACCUUUGCGGUGUCCGUCCACCUUCUUGUGGUUCCUGCGUGGGCCCUCUCCCACCUCUCUUCCGUGGACAGCAUCCUCUACCCCCGUUCAGUCUCCAGGCUGCAGAAUGAGCCAAUGAGGAUCGACCCUUGUUGUCUGUCACCGCCCCCACCACCACUCUUCCCCCCGCCCCUUCUGCUGUGGAGGCGUGGCGACCCUAGUGAAAUUAUCUUUUUCGAGCCAAGUGUUUACGGAACAGAAGAGGAGAAGCAACAAUAUAAAUCUGUGAUGACGGGGUGUUUACCUGGACCACCAGGACCUCCAGGGCCUCACGGUCCACAGGGCCACAGCGGGCUACCUGGCGCACAAGGACCAAAAGGAGAGAAGGGAGAAAUUGGACGUCCAGGGCCAAAGGGUCGUACAGGAGCCCCAGGUCUUCCAGGUAAGCCAGGAAUACGGGGAUGGCCUGGUGCUGAAGGACUCCAGGGUGAGAAAGGUGAUCCAGGUCUCAUGGGAUUACCAGGAUUGAGGGGACCACCAGGUUUAAAGGGUUUAUCAGGUUACAAAGGAGAAAAGGGUGCUUGUGGUGAGCCUGGAGCAACAGGACCAAAGGGUGAUAAGGGCUCAGUCGGUUUGCCUGGGAUGCUUGGACAGAAGGGGGAGCAGGGGCCAAAGGGAGGAAUAGUAGUCCCAGGCAAGAGAGGACCCACAGGACGGCCAGGGAAGAGAGGCAAACAGGGCACAAAGGGACAUGCUGGAGCUCCCGGAGCGAUAGGGCCACAAGGACCCCCAGGUCCAAACGGUCAUCCUGGGCCACCUGGUGCACCUGGUUCAGCUCUCUACUUAGUCGGGGAAAAAGGAGAUAAAGGUCUCCCAGGUCCUCCAGGUCGCUGUGAGUGUAACCCCCCGACUGGAGAAAACAGUGCCCCCUAUGGAAGUUAUACACUGCGUGAUAGCCCAAAUAAAGUCCCUGCAAUAUUUGUGGUGAACAGUGAAGAAGAGAUGGGCCACCUGAAUGCAGACAACUCAAUAGUGUUCAGGAAGGACCAACGAGCCCUCUACUUCAAAGAUAAAACUGGGUGGAAGCCCAUACAGCCGUUCCAGUCGUUCCAGUCCACAGAGAAAGUUGCGGACAGGGUUGGAGUUUGUGGGGAUGGAAAGGUCCAGGCUCAGCAUGGAGAGGAGUGCGACGAUGGGAACCAGAUCGUCACAGAUGCUUGUCUCAACUGUAAGUGGGCCUACUGUGGAGAUGGCUACCGACAUGAAGGUAUGGAAGAGUGCGAUGGAAAGGACUUUGGAUAUCAAACCUGCAAAUCCUAUCUUCCUGGAUCCUUUGGGCAGCUCAGAUGCACCAACUCCUGCCUCAUCGAUUCCACUGGCUGCAAGUACUUCACCUGAAUGCAACUUUGCAAUUUCUCCUUCUAGUGAUGAACACUUUAGCUUACUACUGAAGAGGCUUUUCCACCCAAAUAAACAAU